UAGAGGAGCACACAAUGGCUCUGGAAACAGAAAACGUUCCCUCGAACGAAAGCAGUGUUACCGAAACGGUCGGCACUUCCGAAGACAUCGUCGCAACGGCGGCUUCUGCGGCGGAUUCCGGUGUGAAGAAAAAAGGAAAUGGCAAAACCAAAAAGCAACAGAAUGGCAAAGCCAAAUCACCCCCAGUGACGGCGAACGGGCACCUGGAGAAUGGAAUCAAUGGUCAUAACGGUAGCGGAACGGAGGAACCGGCGGAGACGGCCAGCGGAUCGACAGUGGAUACUGUUGCGGGUGAUAGUGAAACGGCAGCCAAUGGGGAAAGCGGCAAUCCUGUCGCCGGGCGUUGA